AUGGGUGAUAACAAUAAUAUUAACAACAAUGUUAAUCUUCCACCAGGGUUUCGAUUUUAUCCAACUGAUGAAGAACUUGUGGUCCAUUUUCUUCAUAGAAAGGCUUCUCUUUUACCUUGUCAUCCAGAUGUUAUCCCUGAUCUUGACCUCUACCCCUUUGAUCCAUGGCAACUUCAAGGUAGGGCUUUGGAAGAGGGAAAUCAAUGGUAUUAUUAUAGUAGAAGGACACAAAAUAGAAUUACUAACAAUGGCUAUUGGAUGCCAAUGGGAAUGGAAGAACAAGUUGUGACAAGUUCAAGCAAUAAGAGAGUUGGUGUGAAGAAAUAUUAUGUUUUUCUUAUUGGCGAUGCACCUAAUGGUAGCAAAACUAAUUGGAUAAUGCAAGAGUAUCGUCUUUCUGAUUCCGCUUCUUCUUCUUCUAGAUCAUCGUCCAAAAGAAAAUCACAUCCAAAAUCAGAACAUAGUAGGUGGGUGAUAUGUCGAGUUUAUGAGCGCGAUGAAGAUGACGGUGAAGAUGGAGAUGGAAUUGAAUUAUCAUGUUUGGAUGAAGUUUUCUUAUCAUUGGAUGAUCUUGACGAAGUAAGCUUGCCAAAUUAG